CCAUUAGGAGGACAUACUAUCCUGCAGGUCAUCAUAAUUGUCUUCCUCACUGGAUCACUUUCUCUUAUCACUGUUGUUGGCAACAUCCUAGUGAUGGUGUCGUUCAAGAUCAAUAAGGCCCUGAAGACAGUGAACAACUACUACCUGCUUAGCCUAGCUUGUGCUGACCUUACCAUUGGCACACUGUCAAUGAACCUGUAUACCACCUACAUCAUCAUGAACCAGUGGGCUCUGGGGCCAGUGGUCUGUGACUUAUGGCUUGCAAUAGACUAUGUGGCCAGCAACGCCUCGGUCAUGAACCUGCUUGUUAUCAGCUUUGACAGGUAUUUCUCUGUUACCAGACCUUUGACAUACCGGGCCAAGCGUACAACCAAGCGAGCUAUGACCAUGAUUGGAUUAGCUUGGUCAAUCUCUUUCAUUCUUUGGGCCCCAGCCAUCCUUUUCUGGCAGUACAUUGUGGGUGAGCGGACAGUCCAGCCCAAUGAGUGCUACAUCCAGUUCCUGUCCGAGCCCAUCAUUACAUUCUCCACUGCUGUCGCUGCAUUCUACUUGCCUGUAACUAUUAUGUCCUUCCUGUUUUGGAAGAUCUAUCAGGAGACAGAGAAGCGUGCUAAAGAUAUACAAGGUCUCAAGGCAUCUGGGUCAGGCAACAGCCAAAGCCAGGCUCAGAAUCAAGGGAGUGGUAGAGCAAAAGCAGGUGGAGAAGGUCGGCGUGCAUCCAAGAGGUCCGUCAACACCACGACAACAACAGUUGAUGAAGCAGAGCAGAGCAGCUCGGACAGCUUGAACAACAAUGAAGUUGGGGACCAGUCAGGUUCAGACGACGAAGCAGCCAUCAGCAUUAAAGAUGCAGCUAUGGCCAAACGCUUCGCCUCCAAGGCCAAGACCGAAAUCAACAAGCGCAAGAAUGAAAAAAAGGCAAAUGAGAAGAAAGCAGCACGGACACUCAGUGCCAUCCUCUUCGUCUUCAUCACAACAUGGUUACCGAAGUUCCCCCAGGCUAGCAGUGAGGCCUAA